AGUGUUAGAGGACCUUGAAACUCCUCAAAAAUGGCCUCCUCUCAUCUUCUCCUCAAACACUUCCCUUCAAUCCAACUCUCCAAAACCACAAUCAAGACUACUACUUCCUCUUUCCCUACUUAUUCUUCAUCAUCAUCAUCAUCAUCUUCACCACCUUCAUCAAGACAAGAAGCCAUUCUCCAAGCCAAGACCUCCCUUUCCACCACCCUUCACAAGCCUCUUAACAACCCUCUUCCUAUCCCUUCCAAGAAACUCAAGAAACAAAGACAACCUCGUUACAGAGUUGAGAUUCCCAUCCUUGAUAACUCCCCUGAUUCAUUACUCCAACUCUCUGCAGACCUUCUCUUAGACUUGCCUUUAACUCUCAAAGGAACCAAACCCACCAUUCUCAUCCUCUGGCCAAGCUCUAAGCUUGCUGACUCUGCUAACACUGCAUUCAAUUCAUCAAACCAUGUCCUUCACUCUGACUUUGCUUCUCUAACUUCACUGGCUCUGAACACUGCUGACAUUGUUGUGUUUUCAGCUCCUGAAACUUCACAGUUGGAAGAGUUAAGGAGGAUCACAAGUGAAGUGGAUCCAAGGCCAGUGGUGCUGUUCAAUCCUGCAUGGGCAUUUGAUGAUGAGAAGAAUUUUGUUGGUAGUUUGUCCAAUUUCAUUGCUUCUUUUGAUGUAGUGUAUUCUUUCAUGGGGUUGGAAGUGAGAGGAAUUCUGAGUAAGAGGAAGGGAGUUGUGUUUAGAUGUGUCAAAGAUGGUGUUGUAAGUGGUGGUCAGGAGUGGCUUGUCAUGGUGGAGCAAGAAAAGGGAGGAGAAUUGAAGGUUGUUUCGAGGUUUAAAAGACGGCCGGGCAUCGCCGUGGUUGAGAAUGUCUUGUAUGACUUGAUGGCUGCCACUUCUCCGGUGACCAAAUCUGUCAAGUUUCUCAGAGACUUGGCUUCCAGUGUCACUGGCGGCAAGAAGGUGAAACAAUAGCAUUUUGAGUUUCAUUUAUAUAUGUUUGUGUUUAGUUUGAUAUAAAGAAUGAUGGACAUUGUAAACUUUCUUAUUGAGAAUUUGAGAUGAUGUAAUUUGAGCUU